CUCUGCUCUGGCACACUGAGCACCGAGCUGGCAGUUGGGUAGAAAUCAGAGUACAAGCCAGCAGCGCGACCGAGAUGACCCACUUUUCGGUAUUCGCACUGAGACCCAACUGCUACUACCCACUGAAAGUGGACAACUAGGCGGAGUUUUUUUCUAUAUAGUAGCAGUGAAGUGAUCGCGUUUUUCGGAUAUAUUAUGUACAGCCUACGUAGCCUAGUGUAAACUAUAUGCAUUUAUGUGAAUUUCCCAGCGCAAACGUGGAAGAGGAAAACAGGCGACCUGAAAAAGCAGCAGCAGCAGCAAGCAAGAAGCAGAAGCACAAGCAGCAAAAAAGUCGUCCGAGGGGCAGCCACAGCAUGCCGUACGAGUCGAUGCACCAUCAUCAGUCGGCGGCCGCUGCCGUGGCCGCUGGCACCACCCCCAACGGAAUGCUGGACGCCCUCAGCCUGCAGCUGCGCGAUGCCGAGAUGCGGCGCACGGAGAUCGAGCGGGCGCAUCAGGAAACCCUGGCACAAAUACGCAAUCUGAGCGGCAGCGCACGUCCCGAUGCCGAGGCGGUGGAGAACCUGCAGUCGAGAGCCCGGGAACUGGAAAAGAAGGUUGCGCUGGAAAAUGUGCGCUGCGAGGAGCUGCAAAUCGAACUGACCUCGGCUCUGAAGGCCAAACAGGCAUCCCGCUCGGCCUGCUCCGGAAUGGGCGGCGUGUCCUCCGGUGGCGGCGCAACUAUUCCUACAUCGGCCAGCAGCUCCACCGUCACUUGGGCACCGACAAUCAGCCACCAGGACCAAGGAACCGAGAUCGAUAUCAUAAUGGCAAAGAUUGAGCAGGAUAACCGCGUGCUGGCCGAGCUGGAGCAGCCGCGCACCUCGGCCAGCGCCAGCAUGUCAGCAUUGCCGCCCAGUUCCAUGUUGAGCACGGUAAAUAGCGAAUUUAGAACCAUAUCAAAGAGUGAACUCGAAGAAGAACUGAACCGCUACAAAAGAGCAGUUUUGGGCGGAGGCGGAGGCGGAGGCGGAGGAGGAGGAGGAGGUGGCGGUGGGAUGUCCGCCCUGUCCUCCGGCUACUCGAGCCUGCCGCAAUCGCUGGCCUCCACGCUGCCCAAUGGAGGGGCCAGCACCAGCUUGAGCGGCACCAGCCUUGGCUCGCACAGCGCGGCCGCCGCUGCUGCCGCCCACAGUGUAUCCGCUGGACCGGGAGGCGUGGUCGGUGGCGGCGGUGGCCAAGGCGGCCUAUCAUCCAUAUCGGCCCUGGUGCCCAACUCAAUCAGCGGCAUAUCCUCGAGUCUGAGCAGCCAUGCCAUUCAAUCCAUGCAAUACGGCACCGGACAGACGUCCGUGGAGAAACUGCUGAGCGGAACUAGUGGAAUCACUGGCAUUCCACCCCUGCCGGUAAAUAUUCACACGAUGAAGGCUAUGCCGACGGCAUUAAGUCAGCGCGGAACAAUACAGCUGUACAAUUUGCAGAGCACAACCAUGCCCCUCCUGUCACUCAACUCGCAUAACCUGCCGCCCGCCGGCUCGACCAGCUACUCGGCACUGGGCGCCGGUGGCGGCACCUCGCUGACGCACCCGACCAUGGCCAAUCUGGGCCUGCUGGACACCGGCACCCUACUGGGUACCGCCGGCUUGAGCGGAUUGGGCGUGGGCCCAGGUGUCGGCGGCAUCACUGGCGCCACAUCUCUGUAUGGCCUGAGCGGCGGCGGAGGAGCCGGUGGCCUGGGCAGCUCCUAUGGCCCGCCCUUUCUGGAUGUUGCGUCGAGCGCCUCGUAUCCAUUCACCGCGGCCGCCCUGCGACAGGCUUCCAAAAUGAAAAUGCUGGACGAGAUCGACAUACCGCUGACGCGGUACAACCGCAGCUCGCCCUGCUCACCCAUUCCGCCGAACAACUGGGGACUGGACGAGUUCACCGACGGCCUCAGUGUCUCCAUGAUGCACAACCGCGGCGGCCUGGCACUGGGUGCCCUGGAUUUGGACACUCGCAAUCAUGGCCUGAAUGGAGCGAGUGAACCGCAGGUGGAUAUGCUCGAUAUUCCUGGAAAGGGCCGCUGCUGUGUGUUCAUAGCCCGAUUUCCCUAUGAUCCUCCAGAUGUUCAUAAUGAAUUCCUUUCCAUGCCUUGCAGGGAGGCUGAGGGCGAGCUCUCCCUGUGCGCCGGCGACUAUCUGCUGGUGUGGACCAGUGGUGAGCCCCAAGGUGGCUACCUGGAUGCGGAGCUGCUGGACGGGCGCCGCGGCCUCGUUCCGGCCUCCUUUGUGCAGCGCUUAGUAGGCGACGACCUGCUGGAGUUCCACCAGGCGGUGCUGUCGACGCUGCGCGAUGCCGAGGACGGAUCGAUGCAGUGCGACACCACGUCGCUGCCCUCCUUGCCGCCGCACAACCCAUUGCUCACACACACCCACGAGGAUCUGGCUCGCUUGAGUGAGACGCACACCGAUCUGGAGCACGACCAGGACGACAUCAGUGACAAUGUUCCAGCACCCAAGCACUUGACGCUGGAACGGCAGCUGAACAAGAGCGUGCUCAUUGGCUGGUCGCCGCCGGAGCCAGUGGGCUACAACCUCAUCGACAGCUACCACGUCUACGUGGACGGCGUGCUCAAGGUCACCGUGAAGGCCAACGAACGCACACGCGCGCUAAUCGAGGGCGUUGACUCCACGCGGCCGCAUCGCAUCAGCGUGCGGAGCGUGACCCAGAACCGGCAGACAUCGCGGGAUGCCGCCUGCACGAUGAUCAUCGGGCGGGACACCGCUCACCUGGGCCCCUCGGCGGUGCGCGCCUCGCACAUAACUUGUUCCUCGGCGGUCAUCUCGUGGCUGCCGGCCAACUCGAACCACCAGCACGUGGUGUGUGUAAACAAUGUGGAGGUGCGCACCGUCAAGCCGGGCAUGUACAGGCACACGAUCACCGGCCUGGCGCCGAGCACCCAAUACCGGGUGACGGUGCGGGCCAAGCACCUGCGGGCCGUGGGCCAGCACGCGGCGAAUGUGGGCCAGAGUGUGGUCGGUGCUGGGCGGCCGGGACAGGAGGAGGCGCCCGGUGCAUACGCCGACUUCCGCACUUUGACCAAGGGCCUGCCCGAUCCGCCGCAGGAGAUCCAGCUAGAGGCCGGUCCGCAGGAUGGUACCAUUCUGGUGACAUGGCAGCCGGUUAACAGGCCCACCUCAACGGGGCCUGUAACCGGCUAUGCUGUGUACGCCGAUGGUAAGAAGGUCACCGACAUCAACUCGCCCACCGGCGACCACGCCCUCAUCGACAUCGGCAAACUGGGCGUCUUCAAUCCUCGUGCCGUCACCAUACGCACCAAGUCCCGCGACUCCCAGUCGGCGGACAGUGCGCCCAUUUUGAUACCAAAUACUGUGCGCAAUGCGGUGGCUCGCCGGGGUCCCAAUCAGAUGGGCAUGGGUCCGCAGUUGCCGCAGGGACCGCACGGGAUGCCGGUGCAGCAGCAGAUGGGCGGAAUGCCCGGCCAGCCGGGUCAGCAGGGUCAGCACAUGAUGGGUGGGCAGCAGCAGGAUCACGGCCAGUACGAUCCCAACCAGAUGCAGCAGCAGGGCAUGCAGCCGGGUCAGCCGGGUCAACCGGGUCAUCAGCCCGACGGAGGCUCCGGAUUGUUAGGUGGCCUGCUCGGUGGCCUCUUCUCGAAACCCACACAGAAUCAAGUGAACCAGAAUGGCUAUCAGCCAGGCCAACCAGGAGCGCAGCGGGGCAUGGUCCCGAUUCCAGGAAGACCGCAGGGACCACAGCAACAGCAGCAGCAGCCCUACGGACCCCAGGGUCCCAUGGGUGGGCCACGCUUUCGAGGACCAGUUCCCGGCCAGCUUAACAUGCAGGGCCAGCAGAUGCAGGGGCAGAUGCAAGGGCAGAUGCAAGGACAGAUGCCAGGUCAGAUGCCGGGUCAGAUGCCGGGUCAAAUGCCUGGUCAGAUGCCGGGUCAGAUGCCCGGUCAGAUGCCUGGCCAGAUGAUGGGACCACGAGGACCGCUCAACCAGCAGCAGCAACAGCAACAGCAGCAGCAGCAGAUGCAGCAGGGCCAGAUGAUGCCCGGCCAGCAGCCAGGACAACAGCAGACACAGCCCGGCCAGCCGGGACAACCGGGUCAGAUGCCCGGAGCACAGAAGAAGCCCCGCUACUUUGUGGCCAUGUUCGACUACGACCCAUCCACGAUGAGUCCCAAUCCCGAUGGCUGCGACGAAGAGCUGCCCUUCCAGGAGGGCGACACGAUCAAGGUAUUUGGUGAUAAGGAUGCCGAUGGCUUCUACUGGGGCGAGCUGCGCGGUCGCAGGGGCUAUGUGCCGCACAACAUGGUCUCCGAGGUGGAGGACACCACCGCCUCCAUGACCGCCGGUGGCCAGAUGCCCGGUCAGAUGCCUGGCCAGAUGCCCGGCCAGAUGGGCCAGGGUCAGGGAGUGAGCGUGGGUGGCACCGCCCAGGUGAUGCCCGGCCAGAGUGCUCCGCAGCAGAGCAUGCGGAACGUGAGUCGCGACCGCUGGGGUGACAUCUAUGCCAACAUGCCCGUGAAGCGGAUGAUCGCGCUCUACGACUACGAUCCCCAGGAGUUGAGUCCCAAUGUGGAUGCCGAGCAGGUGGAAUUGUGUUUCAAGACGGGCGAAAUCAUACUCGUUUACGGUGAUAUGGAUGAAGACGGUUUCUACAUGGGCGAGCUGGACGGCGUGCGCGGCCUGGUGCCGUCGAACUUCCUGGCGGACGCGCCCGACCAGUACAACAACCAGAUGGGUCCCGGCGGAGUGGCCGGCCGCGGCGGGCUGAGCCAGAGGGGCAGGGGUCAGGGGCCAGGAGCGAGGGGGCCGCCGCCCCCGCCACGUGACAACAUGAUGCCCGGAAUGGGCGGUCGCGGCCAGCCGGGCAAAAAUGCUCGCCCUGCUUCCCCUACACUGUUAGACAACACGGGCCAUCCUGCCCCCGAUCACCAAACGCAGGGGAUGAUCGGUCGCGUUGGUAAUGUCGGGCUGCAGCAGCAACAGCAGCAACAGCAGCAGCAGCAGCAGCAGCAGCAACUCCAACAGCAGCAGCAGCAGUAUGGUCAGCAACAGACGCAGAUGGGACAGCAGCAUCAGCAACAGCAGCAAAUGGGACAACCUGGAAUGAUGGGUCAGCAGCAGAUGGGCCAGCCGAUGGGUCAGCAGAUGAGACAGCAGAUGGGUCAAAUGGGUCAGCAGAUGGGUCAGCAGCAGAUGGGACAGCAGCAGCAGCAACAGCCGCCGACGACACAGGCGCAAACGGGCGGACUAUUCUCCGGCGCGACUAGCCUGCUCUCUGGUGCUACCUCGGCUGCCACCGGUGGUCUAUUUGGGUCGAAGCAACCGCCCAAGACGGAUCCAAUGCAACCACAAGGUGGUGUGCAGCCAGCGCAGCAACAAGCAAACGCCUUUGGUGCCCAGCAGCCUGGCAUGGGCAUGCAGCAGCAGGGGGGGAUGCAGCAAGGGAUGCAGCCCGGAAUGCAGCAGGGCAUGCAGCAGGGGAUGCAGCAAGGGAUGCAGCAGGGGAUGCAGCAGGGCUUGCAGCAGGGGAUGCAGCCCGGAAUGCAGCAACAGCAGCAGCAGCCACAACAAGUGCCACCGCAAGCCCAGGCGCCGCCUCCAGGACCGGGCGCCGGAUUGCUGGGCGGGCUCAAGGGCAUCGCGGCAGCGGCGCCCGGCGGCGAUGUCCUGUCGAAAGGCAAAGAUCUCUUCGGAAAAUUCGGGUUCGGCUUUGGCAAAUAACCCCGGUCAUUCUAUAGGGUCCUGUUAUAUUAUUCGUAGAUUAGACUUAUUAUUACUAUUAUGAUUAUGAUUAUGAUUAUAAUUAUGAUUAUUGCUAUUGAUUACGAUUACUAAGCUAAUAUAAAAUGGAACACAAAUGAUAAUGAUGAUGGACAGACAAACCAAUGCUAACGUUAAUACCCAAUCCCGGUUCCGAGCUGUUGGCCAAUGCAUAUGUACAAUGUUGUUGUUGUCGAUAUGAUAUGAUAUGAUAUGACUAAUAGUACUAAUACUAAUGGUAAUAUUUUUUAUUAAUUAAAUUAAUGGAAAUAUUAUGAGUGACCGACGAGCAACAACGGCAUCGGCCAAACAGCUGGGCCACAAAAAAAAAACAAAUAAAAAAAAAAACAAAGCCACAGAAAAGCCCAGAUAAAUUGUUGUAAAAUUAUUUAACAAAUUGCCUGCCGGUUUAGGUGACUGCAACUCCAUUAACCCACUAAAGGAUAAAGCUCUAUAAUAGAAGACCACACACACACACCACACACACACAGACGCAAUACACACCACUCACAUAGAUACUGAACACACAUAUAUUAUACAAAUACAAAAACAAAUA